AUGAUCCUCCAAUGUUGGAAUCGCUAAAACUGAUCGAUGAUCGACGAAAGCGGCUUAUUUGGUUCGCUGGUCUCUGGUUGUUGUCCAUCCGUCGUUGAGGUUUCCUUCGUCACUCUUACGCGGGGGAAAGAUUUUCCUUUGAAUCAUACACUUGUUCCAGAUCAAUUCGUUAGUUCUUCAUACCAUCUUCACCUAUAGCGUCGUUUUUUAUUUAUUCUUAUUGCACGUAUUUGGGAAUGGAAGCAAUAACCUUGGCAAUUUCCUGUACGUGAAUUUUCCACAUUCAAACCCGUGAAAUUGGGAAACCCGGAAUCGGGAAUACUAUAAAUUCCCUGUUCCAACCAGUGCAUUGCAUAUCUGUAUGAUUUAUGUGCUGUUUGCCUUUUCCUCCCAACACUCCUUCCCAUUUUGCUGUGUUAGCUCGUCGGGGGUUCCAAGUUUUUCCUCAAAUACCGUGUACAUGUGUGCGUGUUUUGUUUUCAUUUGCAUUUAUCCAUCCUGCCAUCUCGGUAUGUUUCUUGUAAAAUUGCCAGUGUUUUAUUUAACUCCGUUUCUGUUGCUCUUCUUACUUUUGCUAUCCUCUUUCCUUCCGGUGUGCGUGUGUGCGUGUGUUUUGUUUUGUUUGGAAAUAUUUACGUGGCUUGCAGUCCGUACUAAACACGUCAAAAAAUAAUAUAAAAAAGGAAAAAAGAAACACACGCACAUGCAUUACAGUUGGGGUCGUCCUUCGCAGAUAGUGAGGUUUAAAUCUUAUCGAAUUUUAUUUUUAUAACCCGCGCUCUUCUCGGGGUAAGGAAAUGAAUUAAAUGCUCUCGGCCGCGGCCGGCUUACUCGCGUAAAGUUCGCGACCUCCUCUUUCCGGUAAAUUACUUUUUAUUGCCAUUUCAUUGCCCGUCUUUGCUCGUUAAAGCGAUUGAACAUCGUUCAUUUUCGCGGCCCAUAUGGCCUCUCCUUUUGGAGUGUGAAUUUGUGGGAAAACAAACUAAACUUUAUUGGGAUUUAAGCGAAUAAUUUCAACCAUUUCACCAAGCACGUCAUCUUCACAUCCUGUGAUAGAAAUAUGUUUUUUUUACCAUGAACUAUCGCUUCCCGCUGCCAUAUGGUUGCCCUUUAAAUGCAUUUUUCUCCGUAUCGUUUGGAUGAUUGAAAACUGUAACUACACGGUCGGUCGGCACAGCUGGACACACACACACUCGGUUGCAAUUUGAGACUGUGCGAUAGGGGUGUAGUUGCAACUGCAAUUGCACAAUCCACCAGGCGUCUCAUUAUCGCCCACAUCAUGCAGCUGCAGAGAGAGAGAAAAAAAAAGCCAGGAGCAGUCUGUUGUUGAUCCGCUUUUUAGUUCCGCAGGAGUGACCACCUAGCGUCGUCUUGUUGGGUUAUAAUUAUUGGACACAAUGGUACGACACCGGCGAUGGGAGGGCGAUACGAAUGCGUCACCACCAUCACCGUCAAUGAUUGGAUGUGUCACCGUAGUUCAUCAGCGCGUCACUGCUUUGCAACAUAAACUGGCUGGAUAGGUUGCCGUGCUCAUUGCUCCUGUCUAAAGGGGAAGCUACAGCUGCAGGAAAAUGCAAGGAAAACAGACUUACGGCUGAAUGUAAAUGUCGGCUGCGAUGAGAAGAGAUGUGUUUGCCAAAGAUGUGACGGAUACGCGAAUACGUUCACGUUCCAAAUAUCGCGUCCAUAUGUUAAUGAGAUCUCCGGGGGAAGUUUAUGCCUAGACGAUGAGGCAAGCUGUGUUGGGAACGGUUCAUUCGACAAAUCUUGAUUAGAUCAUCUAAUUGCCCCAGCGUGGCGUUUGGAUAGGAAGGAAGGAAAGUGUAUCUACUUUGUUGGGGUGCGAUUGAGAGAUAUAUGAUAGAUAUGAAAAUGUUGCCUUAAGUGGGUUCAAUCUGCAUUUGGUAGAUUAUCCGGGCUGGUGGAAGGAUUUAUAGAGAUUUUGGUGUGGCCAUCUGAGAAUUAAUAUACAGCUGCAUAAAUCAAUUCAUCGUUGGAGGAGAAAAAAGGAUAAAAUUCUUCUAGAAGAGUCAACAUUUUCCCCCGAACAAAGGCAAAUAACUAUUUAGCGACAAACAUUUCAAACUUACCGCAGAAAUAUGAGCUCCUCAGGGAUGUUCGUGUGACACCGGACACCAAAAAUAGAACCACCAUCGUGUACCGAAAAUGCACCCAUUCCUCUGCUCUCGGCGAUCGGGCGGGGAUGUAACAUUAGUCGCGCAUUUUCUUCCACUAAGCGUCUCGGUUCUUCGGCUCGUUUACCGCACUGUUUACCGAAAGGAAACCUUAGGAAACUGAGCCGAAUUUUACUACGAAAAAAGUGGGUUAGAGUGGAGCGAGCGGAACGCUGUUUGUUUCGAUUGAUAAAACAUUGCCACUGGCGUAUCGUGCGUGCGGUUUUGCCCUUAAAUUAGCACAAUUUUCCACCGAACGAACAACCUGUGCUGCUCGCGCGGUGGUGCGAAGGAAAGGAAGAAAGUUUACCGUCUGAAAGACAGACAUACACACAGGUUAUUAUGUAAAUUUGUCAUAAAUGUGGUACAAACAGUGAGUCAUGGUGGAAAAGUUGCUUUUCUUUCCUUCUCUCGCAUAUGGCAACACUGCCUUCCGCGAAUGACAAUGUGUACUUAUAGGCAGUCGAGAGGAUGGUUUCGACGGGCAUGUUUGUGUCCUGCGUGUAAACAUGUCCUCCCAUCCUAAUGGCCAUUUUUACGGCUGAAUGCUCGAGGUGUUUGGGAUCGGAUGAAAAUGAUACACCAUGCUACGGUGGGCGGCGGUGGAAGUCACAGCGGGUCCCCCCAUUAGACGUUAUGCUCGUGCCGCUAUUAUGCCAUGAUUGCGGCCUAGUCAAGUGUAUCUAUUUCUACGACAACUCCACCCUCCUCCACACUGAGAGGUGGAGCAGCUCAGCUGGUGUAGGUGAAUUAAUUAACAAAAGACAUCCCCACAUAAUAAUGUGCGCGACCAAAGGAAGAAAACAAAACCGCGAUCGUGUCGCCGUGUCCCUAUCCUUUAAAUCUUCUCAUGAGAUUAAGGUCAGGUCAGGCUUGGGGCCCGAGGGCUUUAAGAAGUUGCUUUAACUUAACCUUAAACAUUCGGAAAACGCACUUCACAAAACUAAAACGCAAAUAGGGGUCAAGGGGUGAUAGUGUAUUUUCCUUUUCUUCCUUCGCUCAUACUGUUGCUGCCCCUAUAUGAUGGUGUUGCUACGCGAGAAUGCAUUUGUACGGCUUGACCACGCGUUUGAAAUGUGCUUCAAUUAUUAUGAACGCGAAGGGUGUGAGAAAUCCACACGAAAAACGGUUAAAUAUGCCGAAUCACGUGUGUGGUAAUUGGGCUUUGAAAAUGCUGGUUGUGAUGAUUUAUUUGUCUAGUCGUUGAGUUUGAGACGCACUGUACGGCAGCGCUGUAUCAACAAGCAUAUAUAAUAUGGGUGUGAAUAUUAUACUGCUACAACAUGAAAAUCCUCUUUUAAAAGUGUUUCAAUAUUUUUAAAAUGGAUAUUUAACAGUUAAUAGCAAACGUUAAUAUGAUUUCAUCGUAAAUGUUUCAUAAAUUUGCAAUAUUUACCGCGCACCAACGCGACGAGCGAAAUCGGGCGAAACCGGGCGAAAUCGGCUGUCACGACGAAUUUGAACGAAACCAAACGUCAAACACGCCCGCCACUGAACGAAACCAGAGUGUAGAAAAAUAAACAAAAACAACACGUUCGAGGUUGCGUUUUGUUGUUAGAAAAUAUGCAUUAAGCAGAGAAAAAAGAGCUGACCGCAAGAUGCAAACGAUGCUGACCGUUGGAGGCUGUGUGUAAGAAUCUGAAUACUUGUGCGUCCGCGAAUCUCUGGCUGGCUGUGUGUGUGUGUGCGUCGUGUGCUCUUCCGCGUGUGUUUGUGAAGCCUACUUGGUGCGUCAUCCAUCCAUUCAUCCACUGCAAACAUGUCGCUACGGAAUGGGGGUCACGUUCGCUGGGCAUUUGACCUCGCUGGCUGGCGACCCAGUUUGGCGGAUCUGCUGCUAGCGACGUCCUGCAUUCAACCGGAGGAAAAGAACACGCUGCAGCGGUUCGUGUUUCGGGACGAUUUCAAUGCAUCGCUCAUCGGGCGGCUCAUGAUGCGCCGGUUCGUCCAGCUGGCCACGGAUCUGGCGUACGAUGAGAUAAAGUUCGAGCGUGAUUCGAAAGGCAAACCGUUCCUGAAGAACGAGGGCGUGGCGGUUGAUUUCAACGUGUCGCACCAAGGGCGGUAUGCGGUGCUGGCCGGCAUGGCCACCAGCAGUGCUUCGUCGAACAGUACGAAACCCUCUCCCAAGAUAGGGGUCGAUGUGAUGAAGAUCGAGUACAGUGGCGGCAAACCGUUGGAUGAGUUUUUCCGCCUAAUGACGCGCAACUUUUCGGACGACGAGUGGCGCUACAUACGCGGCCGUAGCGACGAAAAUGCCCAGCUGGAAGCGUUCAUGCGUAACUGGUGUCUGAAGGAAAGCUACGUGAAGAAUGUCGGUGUGGGCAUUACGGUCGACCUAAGGAAAAUUAGCUUUCGCAUACAGACGGAGGUGCUUGCGCGGGAUCGCGUCGUGAGCGAUACGACACUACGCGUCAAUUCGGAACCGAUGGCCAACUGGCGGUUCGAAGAAUCUCUGAUCGAUCGUGACCAUUGCGUGGCGGUGUCGUUGGAAAAUGUCCCUGCGGAAGACGAUCUGAGUGGAAACUGUUUCGAGCUGAUCGAUUUUAAGGCGCUAGUCGAGGGUCAUAGACCGCUGCUAGCGAUCGAUGAGAACUAUUGCGAGGGUAUUAUCAGUAAGGAGUACAAGAAAACGAAGUGAAGUAGAGAGUUUAUUCACAUACUACUGGUGAUGGGUAGAAGAAACGGAGGGAUGUACGAAAGGUAUUUUGUCGAUAUAUGUGUAUGGAGCGAAAUUAAAACUGCUUGUGGCCAUUUACUACUGCUAGCAUUAAGAUAGGGAAAGUUUAUUUUUUGAUGGUAUAGAAAAUACACGUUUUUUGGCUUGUAAGAAGGUAAA